CUUGUUUCUUUUCCCAUGUUGUGCAAUUGGAGCUUAGGCGCCAAUAGACGCGCUUGUUUCAAGCCGAAAUGAAUCAUCCGUUGCCAUGGAUCAAUGUCGGAUCAAGAUGGCUGGCGAACAGAACGGAGACACAUAAGAUGUCGAGCUGCCUCGACGGGGCUCGCUGCUUGGAGCUUCUGUUCAGCAACACAAGCACAGCACACACGUCUUUUCCUUGGGUUUUGUUUCCCUUUUUUCCUUUUCUUAGGGUCUCUAUUUUCCUAUCUUUCCUUUGUGAUUAUCUACAGGUUUUCAACUUGGGUAUUUCCUUUGGUCUUCGGUUUUCCUUGACUGCUCGAUCACCGCCAGUCACCACCAGCACAUCCACAUCUAUUCGACAUUUCUUGGCAGUUGACCUGUCCCGAUAUCUUCCCCAAAACUUCACGCAUCCAGCCGUGAAGUAACGAAACCCUGUCCCACGGUCUUAUUACCAGUUGCCCAACAUUCCCGUGACUACUUCCUUCCCGCCUCCCCCGACGGCGCCGUUUCCAAAAUCCAAGUUUCCUCUCAGAACCGCCACCAAGGAGAGACCUUCGCUUGAGCUGGUUACCGAGUUCAAUAACGCCGGGCCUAACAAGAUGCGGUUCCAAGCACCGCAGCUCGGCGCCUUGGGCGUCACCUUUACUGUCAUGAGGGCAUCACAGUUUGCGUGCCUCAUUUCUGUCAUUGGUCUUUGUGCCAACUUCAUCAACGAGAUUGCCACAGCCGAGCACAGUCCCCCAUCAGAGCUUGUCGGUGCUCUGACAGUGGCCGUCACAGCCAUAAUCUAUGUGAUCAUCACAUACAUCUUGUACUACGACAACAUGCUCUCGAUGCUGACCACUGCUGGUCUCGACAGCCUCCUCCUUGUUGCCUCCAUCGUCGUAGCUUCCUUGAUUGGAAAGCCCCUUUCCAUGCUCAACUGCGCUGCUCUCCCAUCCUCAGAAUGGUCUUCCGGCCUGUUUUCGUCCGCACCUUCCCCAAUCAGGUCGAUCAUCACCAAAACCGUUUCCUACAUCAGCUUCGUUUUGCUUGACCAGACGACCUGCUACCAAAUCAAGGCUGUGUGGGGAUUGUGCAUCACCAUCUGCCUGCUCUUCGCCUUUUCCACACUGGCCUGCCUCGGCCUCUGGCAACGCAUCCGUCGCGAGACCAAGAACAAGGAUAUUGAGGGUUAG